UGAUUAAUCGCGCUAAUCUCAGGUACUACUGGUCCGAUUUGGAAAAUUAUUUCUGUGUUAGAUAGCCCAUUUAUCGAGAAAGGCUAUAAGCUAUAUAUUAUCCCUGUAUUCCUACGUGAACGGGAACCACGCGUGUAAAAUCGUGCGGUGUCAGCUAGUUAUUACAAGAGGUCGAAGGUUUGCAUCGAUUUCCACGUGGAAGAAGUUGCGGGUGUCCACUAGUUGUAAAUAAAUCGCGAAAAAAUAAAUUAUACAUUCUCGAUCAAUUUGUAAAUACGGGACGAUUCAUCGCCGACUGGAGACAGCGGGACAGGUAGCCUAAAAGUGGGACUAUCCCGCCCAUAGCCAGACGUAUGGUUGUCUAACUAUCAGGUUAUACUAUAUAACUUGCUUAAGUGCAAAUUGUAAGCACACCUGUACACAAUUAUAAUGUGGUCGGUCCUAAAGCUCCUCUUGUAAUUAGUGUUUAUUUAAAAGUUGUGAUAGAAACGAUAAAUGAUACAAUUUAAAAAAAAUACGGUAUUGAUUUAAGUUUAAACAUAUUUCUUAAAUAAAGGACUUUAAUUAUGCCAAAUGAUAGGUCUAUUAACAAAUUAUAAUAAACUGUUAUUAAUAACUUUAUCUUUAUCAUCGUCAGUGUCAACUGUAGUUAAUGUAAGUAGAUAAAAUUUAAUAUACACAUUUGGCAUAAAUACUAAAUUUCAUACAGACAAUUCGCAGUGUCGGACCUUGCAUCAGUUUGCUAAGAUGUUUUUGUUACUUGCGAUAGUGUUACUAUUUUUGGCAUAUAUUUACACAACCAGAAAUCACGACUAUUGGAUCAAAAGGGGAGUUAAGCAUGACACACCUUUGCCUUUAUUCGGUAAUCAUUUUAGAAAUGUGUUCGCUAUCAAAAGCCUUACCGCAAUUGCAAACGAAAUGUACAAAAAGUAUCCUGACGAGAAAGUAGUGGGAUAUUUUACCGGAGUAACACCAAACCUGAUCAUCCGAGACCCGGAUAUAGCGAGGGACAUUUUGAAUGUGCAUUUUGAUCAUUUUUACCCUCGUGGUUUGGGCAGAGACCACAAAAAGGAACCUCUUAUGGGUAACCUAUUCAACGUUGAUGGAGACACAUGGAAACUUUUACGUGCCAGAUUAACACCUGCGUUCACUACUGCUAAAUUGAAAGCCAUGUUUCCAUUGAUAAUAAAAUGUGCAGAAAAGCUUGAUAAAUUAGGUAAGGACAUAGUGAACAAAGGCGGCGACUUCGACGCGCGAGAACUGAUGGCACGAUUCACUACCGAAUUUAUUGGAGCCUGUGGAUUCGGUAUCGAAAUGGAUACCAUUAACAAUGAAAAUUCUAUGUUCAGAGAAAUUGGCAAGAACGUUUUCAAACGUUCGCUAAGAGACGUCUUCCUAUUUGGGAUAUGGGAAUUAUUCCCCGAAGUCCGAGGAAUGGUGACCAUCAUGGAGAAAGAUGGAGAAAACGUUUUCAUUGAUUUAAUAACGAAAAUUUUUCAACAACGUAACUUUAAGUCUUCGGGCCGAAAUGAUUUUAUAGACCUCCUUUUGGAUUUAGCGGCCAAAGGUCGAAUAACGGGAGACUCUAUAGAACACAAAGAAGCAGAUGGCACGCCCAAGAAGGUCGAAAUGGAUAUGGAUCUGAACUGUUUAAUAGCGCAAGUUUUCGUAUUCUUUGCUGCCGGUUUCGAAACCUCAUCUUCAGCCACUAGCUACACUCUGCUCGAACUGGCUUUAAAUCCAGAGAUACAAAGGAAAAUACAGGAUGAGAUCGAUCAAGUUCUUUUGAAACAUGAUAACAAAUUAUGUUACGACUCCGUGGCAGAGAUGACACUCUUAGAUAAGGCGUUCAAGGAGUCCAUGCGUUUAUUUCCCUCUGUCGCUACUCUACAUAGAGAUUGUGCGAAACAAUACACUAUCAAAGAACUUGGAUUAACAAUAGACCCUGGUGUUAAAAUUAUUAUUCCCAUUCAAGCGUUACAAACUGACGAGAAAUACUUCGAUAACCCUGAUGUAUUUAUGAUUGAUAGGGUCAUAAAGGAAGAUGCGACGCGUCAAAAAUAUAUUUACAUGCCUUUUGGUGAAGGUCCGCGAAGUUGCAUAGGAGCUCGCUUGGGCCAAAUGCAGUCGCUGGCAGGUCUAGCUGCCGUCUUGCACAAGUUUUCCGUGGAGCCAGGCAAGAAAACCCAAAGGAAACUGAAGAUCAACCAUCGCCUCAACGUUAUACAAGGAGUGGUCGAUGGCAUACCGCUUAAAUUGAAACUAAGGGACAAAUAAAUGUAUUAGCACUAGACUAGAAGAAAAUUCGUGACAGUUUUGUACCUACCGGGGUGACAGUAGUAGGCGUAAAAAUAUCAACAGUGAGCCUAGUGGGAGUUUACAAUAUUUUCAUACUGACUAUCGCGUUGACGUAAACGCGAAUUUAUAUGGAAUUUAAACAGUUAUGCAGUAGUGCCACUAGAUGACGCUGUUUCAAUUCCUUAGUAAUUCGCGUUUAUUUCAACGCGAUCGUCACAAAAUCAAACUGCCACUAGGCCCUCUGAAUAAAAAGCCGAAACUCUAUAAAUAAAUUAUAUAAUUUUGUA